AUGGUCGUAGCUAGACUUCUUCUACAGUUCGUCGCGGUCCCCUAUGUAGCCAACUUGAUGGUCAAAGACUCUACGUGGUCUGUAUCAGAGUUACACGUUGGGAAAGAGAUCCCAUGUGUUGAUAUGUCUCCUGCUUACACAUGCUAUGAAUGCCGAUCCACAAUCGAGGUCUCUGACAUUCAAUUCGAUGCCGAGUUCAUGCUCCCACCCGUCCCUAUCUUCAUCAAGAGCGGUGUAGGUGAGUCGUUUCUAGGCUACAAAAUCUUCCCAACUCUGACGUUGACGGGUGGAGCUUCGACCAACAAGUUUGUUUCCAACGGCGAUUUGAUUGCUAGUGUGCCUUUAUCCAAUAGUUUAGACCCCCUGACGGAUCCUGUUGAAGCCUGGAUCCUAGCCAGUGUUGAUGUACAGCUCUUCGGUUUUACCGUUACGGAUGUUCUUAUGCGGAAGACUUUUCUUAUUCCUUUGCGCAACUUCUCGAUUGCGGUUUGA